GAAGCCGUGUAGCGUUGUUAACGUUAGCUCGUUGCAUUUCUUCAGAUUCCUUUAAUACUUAAUGUUUUGAUCAUGUGGCUUGUAAUCGAUGGAGACGACCGGUCGUAUUCCCGGGUGCAUGAAAAAAACGUUUUACAGGCGGGUUCAGGCAUUGCCGUUAACCAAAAAGUGAAGUUCUUUUACCGCGGGGAGGAGCACCACGGAACCGUCUUGAUGAUAAAUGCUGAUUUCAACAAAUGUGACGAAGAAAUAAAUAGACUUUGCAAGCUUCCAAGGAACAGGCCUCCACCCAAGAAUUUGGUCAGUGAUAUUCCAAUUCUAAACAAGAGGAGAAGUCUGCAAUCUAAGCCAGUGGACCCAGAAAUUACUCAACCUAAGCCAGCAGUCCCAGUAAAGACUAAAUCUAAGAAGAAGAAGAAGGAAAAGACUGAAGGCCCUGAAAUGACUGAGGCAGAGAAGACAAGGCUUAGAAUUCUGGCCCGCAACAAAGCUGAGGCACAACGUCAGGCAAAUGCAGCUCUGCUUUCAAAGACCAUUAGGAAUCGUGAUGAAAGUGAUGAUGAGUGGUUGCCCGAUGAAGAUGGGUCUGUUGAUUCGGUUGUGAACUUUGCUUCUCAUAAAUCUAAGCUGGCCGAUAAUGAAAACGAUUUGUUGAAAUCUCUGGGGCAACGAACUAGCAGAGAUUCGAGUCCAGCUGGCUUUCGCCCUGAUACGCCUGAUGCAACUAAUAGUAAUAGCCCUUCCAAAGAUGAGCUUCAGAAACAAAUAGCACUCCUUAAGAAACAAUUAGAGGCAAAGAAAGAUAAUGCAGACAAAGAUAAUGAUGGCAAGGAUAAGAUGGAAACAAAGGAGAACAAGAAAGUGGAUAAAGAAUCCAUUGAGAAUGUCAAAGAGAGGAAGAGAGCUGAGUCAGGGAAAAAAGUUAACACAGAGAAUCCCCAAGAGAAAGAUAAUGGGGGGGAAGAUGGCAACGAGGAUCUAGAUGAAUCUGAGGACAAGAAUUCUAGCUUCAGUAGGAGGAGUGAUGCCGAUGAUAUGAAUGUGGACGAGGUACUUGAAGAGCAAAAUGAUGAUUUAGAUGCUGAUAAGCUCAGAGAUGAGGAGCUGAAGGAUCAGUUAUAUGGAGACUUGCAUGGGGAAACAAAGGAAUUGGGUAGAAAUAUAUUUUGCAAGAAAGAUGUGUUGACUUCUGCAUUAACCAAUGCUACAAAUGUGAACACACUUGCUAGGAGAUUACUUUCAGGAGUAUUUAUUCCUUCAAAAAUCAUUGACUGCACCGUCACUGGGCAGGUAUGGCGCCCAGGAAGCAAGGGGAAAGAAGUGAAGAUACCGAAACCACUGCAUCAUGGUGCCCUUAAAGCAAUUGUUGACUUUUCUAAUGGAGUGGCGAAGAGAAAGAAGUGGAAGACGAAAAAAUUCGCAGCCCUGAAAAGUGUGUUCGCGGGAAGACUGAUAGAAAUUAAAAACCAAGUGAAAGCAGGAAAACUGUUUGAUUAGAAAUACACUUCAUGCCUGUACUAUUUAUUGCUAGUAUUAUUAUUUUUUUGCUAAGAUGGCAAUGCCACAAUGUUGUUUUUUUA